AUGUCCCUUUUACUUCCGUCCUUGCAAGACCGUUACGGUGCUCUUGGCCAUGUAGAUGUCAGAGAAUGGUUCAAAGAGCAGGCCUACAGAACAAACAGAACAAAGACAACUUCAGAUGGUCUUUUGGUGGUGCCUGGUUUUUUUGCACAGUCAGAUCAAAAUACAGAUGACGUCGAAUUCAAUUACGCAUUCAACAAUAUUGGAAGACUCAAACCUGCUGAUCUAAUCGAGGAAGUGAAAGACUUUAAUAGGAAUGCUCAACCAAAUGAAGUAUACAAGCUUAUUACGUAUGCAAGACACAGUCAAGGCUUCCAUAACGUCGUUGUCGACAAGUACUGA